GUUAUCGUCACUCAUAAAUUCUCCAUUCGCAUCUGAUGUUGAGAGCAUCCAGGAUUUAGAUGAUGGAUCUGAGCAGAAUGAAAUUAAUGUGAUGUCACCUGAUGCUCAAGUGGAUGAUGAUGAAGGUUCCGACGACAGUGUGUUUCCGUUUAUGAGGAGGAGGGCUAAUGUCCUGAGUGACCAUUCUGAAGAUGAACCUAAUGAUUUAGAUCGAGGAAGUCUAUUAUCAAGAAAUGGGUCGUUAUCGUCACUCAUAAAUUCUCCAUUCGCAUCUGAUGUUGAGAGCAUCCAGGAUUUAGAUGAUGGAUCUGAGCAGAAUGAAAUUAAUGUGAUGUCACCUGAUGCUCAAGUGGAUGAUGAUGAAGGUUCCGACGACAGUGUGUUUCCGUUUAUGAGGAGGAGGGCUAAUGUCCUGAGUGACCAUUCUGAAGAUGAACCUAAUGAUUUAGAUCGAGGAAGUCUAUUAUCAAGAAAUGGGUCGUUAUCGUCACUCAGAAAUUCUCCAUUCGCAUCUGAUGUUGAGAACAUCCAGGAUUUAAAUGAUGAAUCUGAGCAGAAUGAAAUUAAUGUGAUGUCACCUGAUGGUAUGUUUAUCGAUUUCUAGAAAUUGAUCAUCUCCACUGAUGUAUUUAUUUAAAUAUUUAAUUACUUAUAAUUAUUUCAGCUCAACUGGAUGAUGAUGAAGGUUCCGACAGCAGUGCGUUUCUGUUUAUGAGGAGGAGAGCUAAUGUCCUUAGUGACCAUUCUAGAGAUGAAAAUGAGGAACCACACAUUCAAGAAGAAUAUCAAUGUAAAUUAAUUAUUUUAAA